AGAUUUUCUUUGUCUGCAACUCCCUCCAAAUUAUUUCUCUCCCUUUUGUGGCCUAAAUCACAACCUUUUUCCUUAUUCAGAGAGACUAGACAUUAGAGGAGAAAUUUAAGCCCAAAGCUGAAGAUAUAUAGUCCCAAAUCCCAAUUCCAAAACUUUAGAUCUCUUUUUGGCUCUUCAUCACUAUCAGUGCAUGCAGUAAAGCUUGUAUCCUUUCUGGCCAUAAGGAAGUCGGAACAUAGUCGUUGAACUCUAAAGACCAUCCCUAGAUUAUUACCAAGACAGCAUCACAAAGCAGAUAGCUGUACGCUGUAAAAAGUUGUUGGUUUGCUCAAGUUGCUAUGGCGGAGGUGGCUGGCAACACAUCGGCCAAUGCGAAUAAUGGGCAGAAAUCUUUCUUUGAUUUGGGAUCCUUUGUUGGCGAUUUGAAUAUUGAGGAUGAAACUGCCAGCGCUGAUAUAUCCCUUGAGGGGCUUGAGGAAGAGUUACAGGAAUGUAAAACUGAUGAUGUUGUCGCAAACAUACUUUCUAAAGGUACAACGCUGCGGGAAUACACUAAAGGCGUUGAAAACAAUUUGCGGCAAGUUGAAUUGGAUUCUAUCCAGGAUUACAUAAAGGAAAGUGAUAAUCUAGUCUCACUUCAUGAUCAAAUUCGUGAUUGCGACUUGAUUCUUACCCAAAUGGAGACUCUUCUCAGUGGAUUUCAGGGAGAGAUAGGUUCUAUAAGUUCAGAUAUCAAAAUUCUCCAAGAGAAGUCUAUGGAUAUGGGACUGAGGCUGAAGAAUCGCAAGGUGGCAGAGUCAAAGCUAGCAAAGUUUGUCGAGGAUAUUAUUGUUCCUCCAAGGAUGAUAGGCAUAAUUGUUGAUGGAGAGGUUAAUGAGGAAUACAUGAGGACCCUAGAGAUUUUGAGUAAAAAGCUGAAGUACUCAGAUGCAGAUCUCAUGGUUAAAACAUCAAAGGCUCUGAAAGAUGUUCGGCCUGAACUAGAAAGACUUAGGCAGAAAGCGGUCUCCAAGGUGUUUGAUUUCAUGGUUCAGAAGCUAUACUCUUUAAGGAAACCCAAAACUAAUAUUCAGAUCCUUCAGCAGAGUGUCCUUCUAAAAUAUAAGUAUAUCCUUUCCUUUCUCAAGGAGCAUGGCAAGGAGGUGUAUCUUGAGGUUCGAGCUGCAUACACUGACACAAUGAACAAGGUUCUGAGUGCACAGUUCCGCGCUUAUAUUCAAGCUUUAGAAAAGCUUCAGUUGGAUAUAGCAACAUCUAAUGAUCUGAUAGGUGUUGAGACCAGAAGCACAGGUCUUUUCUUGAGAGGAAGAGAACCAUUGAAGAACAGGUCUGCAGUUUUUGCUCUUGGAAAAAGGAUAAACAUUCUCAAGGAGAUUGAAGAGCCUCCAUUAAUUCCACAUAUCGCUGAAGCCAGCUCAAAAAAAUAUCCGUAUGAGGUCCUUUUCAGGAGUUUGCACAAGCUGCUCAUGGAUACUGCUUCUUCGGAGUACCUUUUCUGUGAUGAUUUCUUUGGAGAGCAGACCAUGUUUUAUGAUAUAUUUGCUGGUACGGGAGGCCCAUUUUCAGUAAUUGAUGAGCAUUUCGGUACAAUCCUUCCCAAUAGUUUUGAUGCAAUUGGCUUAAUGCUCAUGAUUCGCAUCAUAUACCACCACCAGCCGAGGGCCUAUCGGAAACAACCUCUCUAUUCCAUCGGGGUAGGGCUUGUAAUGUCCAGACGCCGAAUUCCAUGCCUGGAUUCAUACUUAGACAAGGUCAAUAUUGCUUUAUGGCCACGUUUCAAGAUGGUCUUUGACUUGCACCUCAACAGCCUGCGAAAUGCCAAUAUCAGGACUCUCUGGGAAGAUGAUGUUCACCCACAUUAUGUCAUAAGGCGCUAUGCUGAGUUUACUGCCUCCCUUAUUCACCUUAACAUAGAAUAUGGAGAUGGGCAGCUUGAACUGAAUCUGGAGAGACUCAGAAUGGCUGUUGAUGACUUGCUUGUCAAGCUAGCACAAAUGUUCGCUAAACAUAAGCAGCAAACCGUAUUCCUUAUAAACAACUAUGACAUGAUAAUAUCGGUUCUGAAGGAAGCUGGUCCAGAUGGGGGGAAGAUCCAGCAGCACUUUGAAGAGCUUUUAAAGAAUAACACAUCCAUAUUCGUGGAAGAAUUGCUAUUGGAGCAUUUUAGCGAUCUUAUCAAGUUUGUAAAGGCGAGAGGGUCUGAGGAUCCAAGUAUUGGCACUGAAAGGCCUAUAACUAUUGCUGAAGUCGAGCCGAUUGUAAAGGACUUUGCAAGCAGAUGGAAAGCUGCAGUUGAACUUAUGCACAAUGAUGUCAUUACUUCUUUCAGCAAUUUCCUGUGUGGAAUGGACAUUCUAAGAGCUGCAUUAACUCAACUUCUUCUUUAUUAUACGAGGCUUUCAGAUUGUAUAAAGAGGAUAAAUGGUGGGUCUAACUUGAACAAAGAUCUUGUUUCAAUUUCAUCGAUAAUGUAUGAGAUCAGAAAAUACUCAAGGACUUUCUAGGACAUUUUUCUAUUUUCGUGUUCGUUUUACAGUCUUUUGCUUUUUUUUCUUGUUCUUUUUAGAGUCUCUUGAAUCUCUGUAUUUGCGUGUAAAGAGUUUCAGUUGAUCAUUACAUUGUUAUUCAACUGACAUUUUGUAAGAUCUUAUGUGUUUCAAUGACAUCUUCUAAAUAUAUGUAAUCCUCAUGAUAAUCUUG